CGCCCGCCCGGCCGGGCAGACGGCGCCCCGGUGCAGCAGCAGGAGCAGGAGGAGGCGCGGGGAUGGAGAGCGAUCGGCCGCAGAGCCCGGUUGCCAUUAAGGGUAUUGAAAGAGAGCUUAUCUGCCCAGCAUGCAAGGAAUUGUUUACCCAUCCGCUGAUCCUUCCCUGCCAGCACAAUGUCUGUCACAAAUGUGUGAAAGAAAUACUUUUUGCAUUUGAAGACUCCUUUGCUGAUGGAGGCUCUGAAUCCUCUAAUCAGAGUAGCCCUCGAAUUAGAAUCUCUGCUUCUAGCAUGGACAGAAUUGACAGGAUUAAUAGAUCAGGCAGAAAACGCAAUUCACUGACUCCUAGAUCGACUCUGUUUCCUUGUCCGGGUUGCCAGCGGGAUAUUGAUCUCGGAGAACGUGGCAUCAAUGGAUUAUUUCGCAACUUCACUUUGGAAACCAUUGUGGAAAGGUACAGACAGGCAGCCAGGGCAGCCAUUGCUAUUAUGUGUGAUUUCUGCAAACCUCCACCUCAGGAGUCCACAAAGAGCUGCAUGGACUGCAGUGCAAGCUACUGCAAUGAAUGUUUCAAAGUACACCAUCCUUGGGGGACUGUGAAAGCCCAGCAUGAGUAUGUAGGACCAACCACCAACUUCAGACCCAAGAUUUUGAUGUGUCCAGAACAUGAAAUGGAGAGGGUAAAUAUGUACUGUGAGAUCUGCAGGAGGCMUGUUUGUCAUCUUUGUAAACUGGGUGGAAGUCAUGCAAACCACAGAGUAACAACCAUGAGCACUGCCUACAAAACCCUUAAGGAGAAGCUUUCAAAAGAUAUCGAGUACCUCAUCAGUAAGGAGAGCCAGGUGAAGGCUCACAUCACACAGCUGGAUCUGCUGCUGAAAGAAACAGAGUGCAACAGUGAAAGAGCUAAACAAGAAGCAUCUCAGAGUUUUGAGAAAUUGUAUUAUGUCCUGGAAGAGAAGAAAUCUGCAGCUCUCAGGGCAAUUGAAACCUCUAAGAAUAUACGGCUGGAAAAAUUGCAAACACAAGUGGAAGAAUACCAAGGGCUCCUGGAAAAUAAUGGCCUUGUAGGAUAUGCUCAAGAAGUACUUAAAGAAACUGAUCCCUCCUGUUUUGUUCAAACAGCAAAACAACUUCAUGUCAGAAUCCAAAAAGCCACCGAAUCUCUGAAGAGCUUUAGGCCAGCAGCUGAAACUACUUUUGAAGACUUUGUGGUGGACACUGCCAAGCAAGAAGACAUCCUUGGUGAUUUGUCCUUCCACUCCAAUGGUCUAGAAAUACCAGAAAUCAAUGAAGAGAAGAGCAGAAUGUACAACAAAGCUCUGAUCAGUUGGGAAUGCCCUGGGAAGACAGAUUCAGCUGAUAUCUAUGUGCUCGAGUAUCAUAAGCUCAGCAGAGAAGAGGAGAGUGUGACAUGGCAGAAGACUGAAGUCUGUGGCCAGAGCAAAGUAUUAUCUGAUCUUGAUGAUGAUAGUAGCUAUGCCUUUAGGGUUCGAGGAUACAAAGGGUCCAUCUGUAGCCCUUGGAGCCGAGAAGUUAUUUUGCGUACUCCUCCAGCUCCAGUUUUCAGUUUUCUUUUUGAUGACAAAUGUGGGUACAACAAUGAGCAUCUCCAGUUGAACCCAAGAAGAACCUCUGUGGAAAGUUGGGCUGGAUUUCCUCUGCUGCUGGGAUCUGAGCGCUUGCAGGUUGGAUGCUACACAACCCUGGAUUACAUCAUUGGUGACACUGGGAUUGCCAAAGGGAAGCACUUCUGGGCUUUUCAUGUGGAAGCCUACUCAUACCUGGUGAAAGUGGGAGUUGUUCCUAGCAACAAGAUACAGAAAUUGUUCCACAAUACUCAUGAUGUGACCAGUCCAAGAUACGAGCAAGACAGCGGCCAUGACAGUGGUAGCGAAGACGCCUUCUUUGACUCAUCGCAGCCUUGCACGCUGGUCACUUUGGGCAUGAAGAAGUUCUUCAUCCCUGCCACACCUGCGGCUCCCAAGGAUCCAGCGAGCAGAAUCCUUCCCCUGCCGUCGUCGCUGGGCAUUUGCCUCGACUGUGACAGAGGCAGGGUGGGGUUUUACGACGCAGGCCGUAUGAAGUGCCUGUACGAGUGCGAGGUGGAUUGCUCCGGCCUCAUGUACCCGGCGUUCGCGCUGAUGGGCGGCGCGGCCGUGCGCCUCGAGGAGCCCGUCACCGCCAAGUACAGGGAGUACCACGAUGGCAUCUAGGGCAGGGAUCCUUUCCCAUCGCUCUUCUGAGGUGGAAAAUGAAAGCAGAAGAAUUCUACCUUAGUUUUAAGUCCUGAUUGAUUGCAUUUUACCUACGUGUUGCUCACAAGCCUCUGGGCCGUGAUUUUUUUAAAAUAAAUGGUCCAGGCGCUUCCUGCGCCAKAGGAAUUCUCCUGCCUUUCUUGUGAUCUGUGCAAUGCUGUUCUCCACUGACUUGUUUUCCUGGGGGAAGCAGGGAAGAAGUCUGGCUAGCAACCAAAAURUACUCUUCAGGACUAGCAACCAAAAUUUAUUCUUCAGGGUAGAAAUCUGCCUUUUGUUUAACUUAAAUCCAUACAAAGUCAGUUUUGUAUUUAAUGAGGUCAAAGCUGACAGUAUGUGAUUGCCAUUCUCCUCAUAAGAAAUCUGCCUGAAUGCUUCUGUGGGGUAACUGUGAAUGCUUUCCAGUUAACCACUGAGCACCAGUUGGGCCUUUCAGUACUUUAAAAUAGCAUUUAAAAAAAUACAGUAUAAAAGAGGAAGAAAUCAGAAAUGGUGUUGAACGUUUAAGUUAUACUUGGAAUGAUGAAGGUAAACUUGAAUCUGAUUGCAUGUUGUAUACCCUUAAUGUGAUUGUAAGUUAAAACUCGAGUUCUGACACACUGUGUCAUAUAGUUGGUGUCAUAAUGAUAAGUUUCUUUAAYCUUCCAGGCUUUUACUAUGAGCUAUCUAAAAGAAAGUGCAAUUGUACCUUAAAUGUCAGAAUUUGGAGUMAAAAAUCAGAAAUGUUUGCAUGUGUGAAUAAUAAUACCUGGUAUUUAGGAAAAAGSAAAUGAGUUACUGAUAUGAGUAAUCAUACAUGAAUUAAAAAAAAAAAUCAGGUAUUUCUUUUAAUACUUGCUUUUGUACAUUAUUUUUUUUAAUCUACUAGCAGCUUGGAUUUUUCUUAGUGAGAAUGUUAAAUAUGCACUGAUUAAGUUUUGAGACCUAAUUUCUGCCUUAAAGGAUGUCUCCCUUCAAAUUUCAGUUCCUUAAAAAUCAUAUUACAUAAUAGUUUUUCCACAGAAUYRUAGAACCACAGAACAGCUUGAGCUGGAAGGGACCUUUAAAGACCAUCUAGUUCCAACCCCUCUUGUAUGGGCAGGGACUSCUUCCACUAGACCAGGUUGCUCAGAGCUGCAUCCAACCUGACCAUGAACACUUCCAGGCAUGGGGCAUCCACAGCUUCUCUGGGAAACCUUCUCCAAUGUCUCACCACCCUUAUUGGUAGAAAUCUCUUCAUUAUAUCCAACCUAAAUCUAACCUCUUCUAGUUUAAAACCAUUGCCCUUUGUCCGGCUUUUCCAGGCCUUGGUAAAAGGUCUCUCUCUCUCUCUCUCCCCAUCUUUCUUUUAAAUCCCUUUUUUAUAUAUUAAAAGGCCAUGAUAAGGUCUCUCUGGAGCCUUUUUCAUGCUGAACAAUUCCAUCUCUCACAAUAUGUCUUUGUAGGAGAGGUAUUCCAGCCCUYUAACAAUUUUUGUGCCUCCCGUCUGGUACCACUUGGUACGAGAACCACUCUGUACUGGGGGCCCCAGAGCUGAACCCAGUAUUCCAGGUGGGCUCUUGGUAGAGCASAGUGGGAGAAUCAUCUCCCUUGCCCUGAUGGCCAACGAGCAGCUCAGGAUGCUUUCUAUGUUGCAAACACACGUUGCUGGUUCAUGGCCAAUUUUUCAUCCACCAGGAUGCCCARGUCCUUCUCUGCAGAACUGCUCUCCAUCCCCUAGUCUGUAUUGAUACUGGGGAUUUCCUGGAUCCAGUGCAGGAUCUUGUGCUCUUGGGGAACCUCAAGAAACCCACAUUGGCACUGGUGUCAGUACAGACCCUUGAGGGACACCACUCCUUGCUGGUUUCUGCUUGGACAUUGAGCUGUUGACUGUCAUUCUUUGGCUGGAGCUAUCCAGCGAAUUCCUUGUUUGCUGAACAGUCUGUUCAAUUAAACCCCUAUUUUUUCAAGUUUAGARGUAAGAAUGUUGUGGGGGAUCCUAUUAAAGGCCUUACAGAAGUCCAGGUACAGGUAUCUCKUGGCUCUUCCCUUAUCCACUGGUGCAGUCACUUGGUCACAGAAGGCCACUAGGUGAGUCAGGCACUCUUGGCCCUUGGUGAACUCAUUUGGCUGUCCCUGAUCACUUUCUUGUCUUCCAUAAGUUUUGUCUUCCAGGAGGAUCUCUUACAUGAUCUUGCUGGRAAUGGAGGUGGGCUGCCUCUCUUUAUAGAAUCCUAUAUAUAAAACAGUGCUUUGUACUGUUGACUUGUGGAAGAAUAAGGAUCUGAAGUGAAGGAUGUUUCUCAUAAGUACUUGGUGCUUUCUGAUUUGGGGAUAUGCUUUUUAAUUUGGGGAUAUGCUCUCUAAUUUGGGGAUAGCGUUGCAUCUUGAUGAAUGUGUGUGACAUAUGCCGAGUACAUGUAUGCAGCUGUACAGCUGUGAAAUGGGACCUGAAAAUCACAAUACAGUUAUGUGAAUGUAGGUCAUAAUGCAAAACUUCCACGGGCUUUGCUGUCUGAACUGUUGUACUGAUCUGACYUGGAGUCCACCCCUCCCAGUGUCCUUCCUCCUAAGCCUCUGACAGGGACCUCUGUCAGGAAAAAUUGUCAGAAAUGGUUGUCUGUGCCAGCRUGAGUAUGACAGCCCUUUGGGGGCUAGAAAGGCUCAGCAAGGGCAGCUGCUUGUCUGGAUCUCACCUGCAAAUGUUUCUGUCUUGAUAAGGCUGUGUGGAAUUGCACUCCACAGAUUCAGUGUGAGUUGUGUGAGAAACACUUCUCACUUGUGUGAGAAAAGUCCCAGGCAGCAGGUGUGAAAUGGGGGAUGUCUUUUGCAAUUUUCUCUUGCAGGAGAAAAGGCAAUUGUCCCUUACUAGUUAGCCUUUUGGUAAUUUCUUCUCUUUUAGGUGGUUAUCAUCAUAGCCUUUCAUUUCUGUCAUUCCCUCCCUUUCUUCUUCCCUCUUGCUGGGUUGAAGCCAUUGCUCUCUUCUCACCUGCUGAGGCUGACUGAACAGUUUGUCCAUAAAACAYUGUUGCUGUGAAGGAUGACAAAAUUUUGUGUUUCCCUUCUUUCUGUAGUCCUAAAACCAUAUUUGUCUGCUUUUUGGUUGAUACCCAAUCGUGGGCUGAUGAUGAAGCUUCUUCUGCGGYGUUUUUCAUGCAGUCCUGAUAGUUAGCUGUGCACAGAGGGUUUUCCCCAGCUGGYGUGCUGUUUUGCAUUUGCCACUGUUGAUAAUGCUUGCUUACCUAGUCACUAAGUUCUGUGGGCCCUCUGCAGCUCUUCUGUCACUUUUAGGCKUGGAUGUUCCCAAAUAGUUUCAUCGGUAGCACAAAUAUGACAAUUUCUUUGUUUAUUUGCUUUUCCAGGUCUUGGAACAAACUAAGUUGUAAUGACACUCAGCAGAUGUCUCUGUGGUUAAGGKUUUUUUUUUGUUCCUUCCACUUAUUUUUCCCCCUUCAAUAUUUAUUAAACCACAAGUCAAGCACUGAAAACUCUUACAUUAGUAUACUCCGUUGAGUCGGUGAGUCAUGAUCUUGCACGUGUGAGCACAGCAGUCAGACAGACCCAGGAGAAGGGAUUCUCACUUCAGUAGCUGUGACUUCUCCCCUUGUAUAAUUGGCAAUGGUCAGUUCAUCUACCAAAACAAGUAUCAGCUUAAAGCUAUAGAUUGUAGGGCUGAACUUUCUGGUUUGGUGUUUCUAGACUAAAUCUCUUUCCGCAAAGAAAGGUUUCAUUUUUGAGUCCUGUGUUUCAGAAACUUGUCUAAAUUAGAGAGUUUAUGUUAUGAUUAGCAUGAUKAGCACUCCACAUUUCCACAUUUAGGUUUUUUAUAAGCACCUGGAUUUAAAUCACCAGACCUGUUGUUACUUCAUGGAAAUAUUCUUAAAUGGAACACUCUGUCAUAGAUAUGAAGACAGGGUCUCAGAUUCAUUGAUUUGAAAAAGAUUACUGGUUUGAGACUAUAAAAGCAAGAAAUAAAAAAUGUAGGGGCUUUUUUUCUACUGCAGUUUUAAAUUAAUUUACAAUGUGUUCUGCUAUGCAAUUACUUACUCUACCGGACAGAAACUGAUGCUACUUUAAACAUUUAUCUACCUUUUGAUAUAUCUGUUUGUAUUUAUCUCAUUCUGAGUUUAAAAAUUGAUUUGGCUUUUGGUGUUACUUGAAUACUYAGUAUGCAUUCCAGACAGUACUCUUUGGUGCUUACUCCAGCUUAUUAAAUAAAAAACACACUGUCAAGAGGCACUGACAACACGCUGUGAUAUUKUUCCACUACCAUGGAAGUGUCAGCUUUCAGAAAUACAGUUCAGCAGUACUUGCCUAUCCAGAUAAUUAUUUUUUCAAGUGUCUCCCUAUGAAACAGCACUUUACAAUGUAGACUAAGCUAAAAAUGGUGUGGUAUUGUGUGGAUCUUUGUGCAAUAUAGCUGUUUGGUGACUAUGGUGUGACUUGCAAAGCUUCAUUGCAGGUGUGAAUUAUGUAGACACCUUUUAGAUAACUAAAGCUUUAACAAAAAGGCCUUGUUUGAAAAUACUCUGAAAUGUAAAAAUGAUGUCUUGGGUUUUUUUUAA